CUUUUUUAUUUUUUACAAGUGUAUUCAUCAUCAUAAUUAUAGAAGCGCGUUAUAAAUAGACAAUGUCUGCAAUACCAGCUAUUGAAAGAACACCUGAAUAUGAAAAAUUCAUUGCAGAUCUAAAAGCUUUCCAUGAAAGAAAAGGAACACUUUUGCAAACAGAGCCUAUAUUAGGUGGAAAAAAAUUAGAUUUAUUAAGAAUCUAUAAAACCGUUCUUGAAGCUGGUGGUUAUGAACAGGUUACUAUCAAUCGUGGAUGGAAACAAGUUGGCGAUCCUUUUAAUUUUCCAGCAACGUGUACAAAUAGUGCAUACAUUUUAAAAGCAGUCUAUACAAAAUAUUUGUUGGGUUGGGAAGAAGAAACUUAUUGGAAACGGCCUUGGAAUCCACCACCAGAGUUAUUAGUCAACUAUCAAAAGGCUUCUUCACCUAUGCCAUCCAUGCUCAAUAGAAAUAAUACGAAUAGACAGAUUGGAACAGCAUUUACACAGCCUUCCCUUAGACCAGCAUAUCAACAUCAAACACAACCCCAAUUAGGAUAUCAACCAGCUAUAUUUAGAGAUCAAGAGUUUCGAACACGUAUACUUUUAUCACUUCAAUCUAAUCUUCCAAAUGAAAUUGAUUGGGCGUUCAAUACACUUGUUAAAUUCUCAUAUGCCUCUGAAAAUUUUAGUUUAGAUUUUAUGCCAACAUUGAUUGAUUUACUGUUAGAUUUUACGAAACCAUUUUUUAAAGAACAUAUAGAUGGAGAGAAUUUAAGAGUAGAUUUAUUUUCCAGCAAAACUCAACAAGAAACAUAUGAACGUGUUUUACAAGUGUUUCAUAUUAUUCGUAAUUUCAGUUUCUUGGAAAUGAAUAUUCGUCGACUUGCAAUGCAUGAACGACUGUUUAGUUUACUUAUCAAAUCCAUUACCACCUUAUCACCUGGAUCACAGUUUGGUGAACUAAGUCGACAUUGUCUUGAUAUUCUCGAAAAUAUUGCUCCACAAGUCAUAUUAACAAAUCGAGAAGAUCCUUAUUUAAAAACAAUGACCAAGUUAUUAUUCACGAAUGAUCGUGCCUUUAUUUUAGGUGCUAUACGCGCUUUAACACGUGUGGCAGUGACAGAAACGAAUGAACGUAUUUUAAGUUUUGCAGAACAGAAUGUAGUUGAAAGAAUGGCCCAAUUUCUGAUGAUUGAUGAUGAAGAAUUAGAAGCAGCUACAUUAGAAUAUCUUUAUCAAUAUUCUAGUUUACGGGGUAAUUUUUCGACUCAAUUACUUAAAUGUUAUCCAGGUAAUUUGAUUGGACUCUUAACAGGAUUCUUAUCCUACAAGUCAACCUUAGCCCCUCCAUCAUCUUCUGCUAUUCAUACACUUUACAGUAUACCUGCAGCACAAUUAAUUAAAAGAACAGAACCUUCUAUUCAAGAACCACCUUCCAUUCCUGAUUUAACUAAUUAUGCAUAUCUUGAUGAACCUUAUAGAUGUCUAGGAUGGCUUAAAGAUCAAUUAAUGAAUGGAACUGAAGAUGAUAAGAUUCUUUUAAAGGAAAUAUUUAAUGCAUAUCAAAAGUUAUUUGGAACAGAGAAACCUUUAGGAAUGAAAGAAUUUUAUACAGUCUUAAAGAUUGCUUUCCCUCAACCUUCUAUUGUAGAAGAAUUCUUUUCAAGUAGUCCUGCACCUUUAGAAACUGUACUCCAAAAUGUGAAAUAUUCCCCAACAAGAAGAAGGGAUGGCCCUAUUUGUCAUUGGAUGGAUUGUAAUGAAAGUUUCGACAAUACAAUCGAACUUCACAAGCAUAUCAUUAAACACCAUUUGAAUCAACAAUCGAGUUGUCACUGGAUGAAAUGUACUAAACCCUUAAAAGAUAAAUCACAUGCAAUUCAACAUAUGCGUACACAUUUUGCAGGCAAAAUAAAGAAACAAUUACCAUUGAAAAAGACAUUUAUCGUUCCAAAGAUUCCUGUAGAUGAUUCAGAAGUGUCAGGUAUACCCUUGACAUCAGCUUUAUUAUUACGAAAUUUAGCAAGAUAUAAACAGCAUCAUGUGUUUUAUUUACCUUAUGAAAGUGAACUAACGCUUAUAGCCAUUCAAAGACCUAAAGUGUCUAAAUACAUUUUAACAGUUUUAAAUGAACUAAAAAGCUAAUGAAUAAAAAAAAAAAAUAUAUACA